AUGAUUCUACUCAACACGAGCUUCUUUACAACAUUUUGUGAUCCGUCUUUGUCUCGAAUCGUGGUCAACAUAACGUCAGGGGCUUCCAGGAUUCCAUUUCCGUCUCUCCACCUGUAUUGCUCAGGCAAAGCUGCCCGUGAUAUGUUCUUCCGAGUCCUUUCUGCCGAAGAACCAUCUAUUCGGGUUCUGACAUACGCCCCAGGUUUUGUUGACACAUAUAUGUUGCGAGAUCUAGAAGCAAAUUCAUCCUCAACUCCAAUCCGUAAAUUGGUAAAUGGCUUUCGUCAGGACGGCGAAAUACUGACACCAGAGGCAACUGUGGCCGACCUUGAACGGGUACUGGAGGACAACGCGUUCGAAAAUGCUGAUCACGUGGACUACUAUCAUCAGACAGCCUAG